AUGGCAUCAGACAGUGAGGUUAAAACCCUACUGAACUUUGUCAACCUGGCCUCCAGUGACAUCAAAGCAGCUCUGGAUAAAUCAGCUCCCUGUCGCCGGUCAGUUGAUCACAGGAAAUACUUGCAGAAGCAGCUCAAGCGAUUUUCUCAGAAAUACUCCCGUAUCCCACGGUGCCAUCCCAGCAAAUCCACAGAGUGUGGUUGGCGCAGGGGGGCAGAGGACCUGGGCCGUGGACCUCCACCCGAGGCACCUGACCCAAGCCCCCGUGGUGCAGCUGCUACAGAGAGGGUGCUGCAGACAGCAGGGGUAGAGGGCAGCCUCACUGAGGAACGGGUUUUGCAGGAGCAAAACCCUGAAGCCACCAGACCAGACCAGGUGCCCAUGAGGAAGAGACAGCUCCCUGCCUCCUUCUGGGAAGAGCCACAGCCGGCCCAGAGCCUGCUGGCCAGGGCCUAUCCCACCAGCUCCGAGGGUCUCCCAGCCCCCAGAGACCCUCCUCCCUCUGAGGGGAAGAAAAGCAAACGGAGCCCGAACACUAGUGGUCCAGAGAGUCCCCCCGAGCCUACCCCACAUGCUGGGGACAAGGACUCUGCUGGCAUCCUGUUGGGCAGGGUGGGUGCCUGGACCUGCUGCCCCUUCCCCUGCCCUGGGCCAGGGGUGUACCAGCCCCCUGGCACACUGUCCCAGUCACCCUUCCUGGGGCUGGGGCUGUGGAGGAAGAGUGCAGCCACACUGUCGGCAGAGGUGCCACACUUCUGCAAGGAGGCUGAUGGCAUGGGACAGAAACUCUACAGGCCAGUGGUUUUGAAACCCAUCCCCACCAAGCCUGCUGUCCCCCCACCCAUCUUCAAUGUUUUCAGCUAUCUUUAG